AAACGGCGCAGCUCCUGUCCAGGAGGGAGCGGGGAGCAGUCGGUGAUGAGCCCCGUGUGAGCCCUGUGACAGAUCGGCGGAAUCUCAAAAGAGAACAAGGGAGGGGAGAAUUGCGGGCUCCUGGAACUGGCUUAAUCUCAAUAAAAGUAGCGAAAUACAUUAUGAAUUACAGUAGGUGUAGAAACACAAGGCUGGCGUGAAUGGUUAGAGGAUUAUUGGCAGACGUGGGGAGGAAGUCCUUGGGAGAAUAAAGGAUUCCUGCAAGGAAGUAACAAAAGAAUGAGCAGGUGAAGUGGGAUGGAGAAUGCGAGUCGAUUUUCUUCUAACGACAUAAGCGGAGAUGACUUUCCGCACUGAAAGAAGAAGGGAGGGAAAGGUCCACAAGUCAACAACAUUAGAGAAACAGCAGAGAUAGGAACACUGGCUCUCCAAGAGGCUGUCUCAGGACCAGGAGGUGAAGUAGUGGAUUGGUUCUUCCAAGCUUAGGGCCAAGGCAGAAGGUGGCCUGGAGCACCAUGAAAGUCACAAUGAAUGCUGUCUUCUCGUUCGCAAUCCUGGUGGGCAUUUUAAGCUUCAUCUUCCUGGUGGCAGCCAUCGGCACCGACUUCUGGUAUUUCACCGAUGCUUCUAAACUGGAGAAACUAGCCAACCGCACUGACAGCCUAAGCUCCCAUUCUGGACUCUGGAGGACUUGCCAAUUUAAAAGUACCUGCGUCCCUUUGCUAAAUCCCUUUAAGCUGGAGAGGCAGAACGCCAGCAUGUCGCAUCAGCAAGUACUGAACAUGCACAGUGCCUUCGUGGUCCUGCUGCCGCUCAGCCUGACUGUGAUGAUCCUGGGAGGGGUGACCGGCUUCAUCAGCAUCCUUGCCAAGGCCUACUUCCUCUUGCUCUUCACUGGGGUGCUCUUUCUCUUUGGAGCGCUCGUGACUCUGGCCGGGCUCAGCGUCUACAUCGCCCACUCUGCAGCAGCCUUCAAGGAGGUCAUGUCUCUUCUGAGAAACGAGAGCCUUCGGGGGAUCCUCAGCAUUCGCUUUGGCUGGUCGUUGGCCUUUGCCUGGCUCUCCCUGGCUGCAGAGGUGCUCGCAGGCCUGGCUUUUCUCCUGAUGGCCAGGAUGGUGGGCCUGAAACCCAGGCAGGACCAUUCCAUAUAAGGGCCUCAAACACUGCCCCCCCCCCGCUCUGCAGGAGUUACACCCCAUGUCUGGGUUCUUCCUCCCCUUGUUCUGAACUACCCACUUUGCAGUUCAGUCUAGGCCAUUUUGGACAGCCCUGGGUGCUUUGUUGCCAGAAUCCUUCUCCUUCACAGCUUUGGUUUAUUAAUAGUUUGACCAACAGAUGGAAGAGUGUCUAGAAAAGGGCCUUUAUUCAGAGCUGUGUGCACCUAGCCUUAAAAACAAAGAAGCAAAAGUAAA